ACAGAAGUCAGGCUGGGUAUUAAGCCCUGGAAUGAGGGUGUAACCGGUUCAGCAAAUGACAGUCACACAAAGGUGGUGCUUUAGGCGAUGCCAACUAAGUUGUGUGUCUUCGGAAGGGUAGAGAAUGGGAGGAACUGAUUUCUUGACCUGGCUGUUAGUCACAGCUGACUAAUGUGUGCGUCUGUGUGUCAGGAGGGUGGGAGAGAAGGAACAGUGAGAAUGCUGGACGGCUACUUUCCCUCUUGCCGCGUGAAUGCCUCCUCUCUCCACAAAGGCUCCUUGCCAGAAGAGUGACAAAUACUUCCGCCUGCAGACUCUCCAAUGCACUCCUAACCUGUGGCUGCAGAGUGGCAGCGGGACAGAUACUACUGCAAGUGUAUGAGUUACUAUCAGGUUCUGAUAGAGAUUACAUUGUGCAAAAAAAGGGGGAGAGAAACAGAAGCCAACCAACCCCACUAAUCGGGUCUACACACCUGUGGAUUUCUCUGGCGGUCUUCCUGGAGGGGCAAAAAGAAGGAUGAGCAUUUCCUCGGAACCCAAAUCCUUCCCGAAACAAAACGUGAACAGUCUCCAAACGCAAGUCGUAGAGCUGAACGUCGGUGGGGAGAUGUUCACGACCACCUUGAGCACCUUGAAGAAACAUCCUGGCUCCAAACUGGCUGAGAUGUUUGCCGGCGGCCAGUCCAAACUUCGCACUGACUCCAAAGGGAGAUACUUCAUUGACCGUCCCGGCACUUAUUUCAAGUACGUCUUGGAAUACCUGCGGAGCAACCAGGUUCCCAAUCAAUGCUUCCAGGAGGUCUACAAGGAAGCCCUCUUCUACGACAUCCAGCCGUUGAUCAAGCAGCUGGAGGAUUCCCCUCCGAUCUUCGGGGAGUUGGUGGCCAGGAAACAGUUCCUCGCCAGAGUUCCCAGCUACACCGAGAACAUUGAGCUGAUGAUCCGCAUUGCCCGGGCCGAAGCGGUGGCCGCCCGCCGAUCCAACGUCAUGGUCUGUGCGGUGAAGACGGAGGAGGACCUCGCCCGGUGCCACGACACCUUCAACAGUUUGGACACGUACAAGAAGUCCGUGGUCAGGUUUGGUCCCUGGAACGCCUCACCCAGCAUCUCCGAUCUGCUGGACUGCAUCAAAAUGGACAUAGAAGCCAAAGGUUACCAGAUCACUUUCCAGGCCUACACUAUGGAGAAAGGCUUCCGCUUCAAAUCCAAUGACUUUUUCUACAGGUUUGCCUUCACUUGGUGGUAGCAGAAAAGCCAAUACAGUCAGGCCUCCCUAUUCAUUGAGAUUAGGGAUCUCUACGGGUGCAACUACAGUACACUGUAGAAUUAAUGUAGUUUGAUAGCACUUUAACUGCCAUGGCUCAUUGCUAUGAAAUCAUGGUUAUGAAAUCAUGGAGCCACAGUGGCGCAAUGGGUUAAACCCUUGUGCCGGCUGGACUGCUGACCUGAAGGUUGGGAUGCUGACCUGUAUUGCGCCAAAUUGCUAUGUGUGUGUGUGUAAAGAAAUCCUUGAAAAAGUUGUUUGCAAGGGAACUCUGCAAAAGAGCUCAGCUUUGCAGAGGCAAAGCCACGCCUAAAACAAUGUAUCUGUUUGCUGGCAGGUGGCUGAGAUUGUCAGUUGGGAAUUUGAGCUUCAAGAGAGAGCACAGGAAAGAAAUGCUCUGUAGCUACGGUCAAGUAGUAUUUUGAAUGUGCUAUGCUGUAUAUAUUUGAUGCUGAUUGAUUAGUUAUUGAUCUUAUGCAACUACAUGGACAUUGUACGAUUGCAGAACUGUUUGAUUUCAACUCAACAAGCAAGAGUAAAGUUUCCUUUGUUCUUUUAAAUUCCUCUGCCUGGUCUGAGUCUUUUGCACAUGGUGUUAACUGGACGCUACUGAUUCCGCUAUACUCUCACCUGGUAACAACCUGAAGGUUGCCAGUUUGAAGAUGAGAUGGGGUGAGCUCCCGUCUGUCAGCUCUAGCUUGCAGGGACAUGAGAGAAGCCUCCCAGGAGGAUCGUAACACAUCUGCGCGUCCCCUGGACAACGUCUCUGUAGACGACCAAUUCUCUCACACCAGAAGCGACUUGCAGUAUGUUCUUAAGUUGUUUCUGACAUGAUAAAAAUUGGCACGAAUAGUUCAGUGAGGCACCAGCACUCUUUGACAGAGAAGGCUAAUAAAGACCUUGUGGAACUUCAACUUCCAGGAUUCCAUAGCAUUCAGCCAUGGCAGUUAAAGUGGUAUCAAACUGCAUUAAUUUUACAAUGUAGAUGCAGCCUAGAUCCUUCAAUGCAACUUUUGGCAGAUGUUAAUCAUAGAGUCGCAUUGUCGAACCUGGAAACGUUAAUUUGCUCUACAUGUUUGAAGAAUCUGUUCGGCAUCCAUAUGUUUUUGGAUUGCAGCUCCCAGCCUUCCUCACCACUGGUUUUGCUUCCUAGGGCUGCUGGGAGUUCCAGUCCAAUAAUAUAUGGAAAGCAAUAAGAUUCUUGGGGCUGGGCUGUGGUGCAGGCUGUUGAGCAGCCUGCUGCAAUAAAUCACUCUGAACAUGAGGUCAUGAGUUCAAGGCCAGCCCGUGGUGGGGUCCCGUCAAUUAAAAAUUAAAAAUAGCCCCUGCUCAUUGCUGACCUAGCAACCCGAAAGAUAGUUGCAUCUAUCAAGUAGGAAAUAAGGUACUACUUAUAAAAGUGAGGAGGCAAGUUUAACUAAUUUAUGAUGUUGGAAUGAGGAAGUGCCGUCAGAGUGGAUGAUGAAGCAGCUGCUUCCCCUGUGGCCAGAAUCGAACAUCCCCUCAGAAGAAGGUUAAAUUGCCUCUGCGUCUGUCUGUCUCGGUCUCUGUUUGAUGUGUUUAUGGGCAUUGAAUGUUUGCCCUAUGUGUGUAUAAUGUGAUCCGCUCUGAGUCCCCUUCGGGGUGAGAAGAGCGGAAUAUAAAUACUGUAAAUAAAUAAAUAAAUAAAUUCUGA